AUGGGGAUCCUCUAUCAGCGAGCCGUAUGUUAUAUCAACGAUUUUACUGGUACAUGCGACAGCGCCUGGUAUACCUGGGGCCGCUGGGUCGCCUUUGCUGUGAUCGUCGGCGCAGCCUUCAUAAUCUUCUUCCUUCUUGCAUGUUAUAACGCUCGUCGUCGUCGCCAUCGCGGUCUCCGGCCUCAUCCCGGCACCGCUUGGCUUGCUCCUCCUCCAGGCCCUCCACCACCAAAUCAGCCAUAUUACGGAGAUCCAUACUAUCAACAUCAGCCGCCACCGCAGUAUACACCUCAGCCGCAGACACAUGGCUACUUUGGUGGACAACAAACGGGCAUCGAGCUGCAGUCGCCACCGCACGCUUAUAACGCAGGAGGUGACCGAGUAUACCAGCCUCCGCCAGGACCGCCACCUCCAAACGGACCCAAGGUGUAG